CUUAUAAUAGAACAAGCACUUUAUGUGGAGAAGUUGGUUGGUUGGUUUGCUAUACGGUUUUAGGCUAAGGGUGUCCAUGGACUAAUCCUUGUACGUGGUGAUUUACUUGGUUGCUUCAUUUUUAACGCUGUCAUUUUUGCUUUUGUCCGUUAAAAAUUUUAGUCUGUGGUAAGCAAGUUUAGGAGACGGUGUCAAAGGAAGAGACCAUUUCAGGUGUGUGGAGCCACACGAAGCAUAAAGUAUGGCACAUCUGAACCUUCUGGGAUGGAUUGUUGGAAAGGGCUUAAGAAUUUACCAUUUACCUGAAGAAUAAGACAAAUAAUUUAUAUUCUUUGCCUACAAGCACAUAGCUUGUCACCAAUAAAACUGAAGCUAGCAUAAAACUCUAUUUUCUAGGAAUAUUUACCAAAUUCCUUUCCUGAUUACCUUAUUAAAAUUGCUUCUUCCUCCUGCUUUUCUUUCGCUAUAGCACUUAUCACUUUGUAAUUUAAUAUGCAAGUUACCACUUUUUAUUUAUUUGUUUGCUUCUUCUGACUCUUCUAUUAGAAUGUAAGCUGCACUUAGGCUGACAAUUUUUGUCUAUUGCAGUCACUGAUAUAUCCCAAGCACCUAGAAUAAUGCUUGGUACAUAGUGGACAUUCAAUCAAUGUUUGUUGAAUGAAUGCGUGUGAGCAGUAGCAAAAUCAACAAGUGAUCAAGGUAAUUGUUUGUAUCACUCAGCAGGCUUCCUGGAAUUCUUCUUCUCAUCUAACAUGCUGUAAGAUUGGCACUGUAAAUUACACAUGAAGCACUUAUUUGGGGGAAUAAAUAGCUGGCAUGUUGACUAACUUGAAUUACGUCAAUGGACUUUUGAAAAAAUGGACAUGUUGGGAAACUAGCAGUUGAAUGUUAUUUCUCAACAUAUUUAUAUCUCCAAAUCAAGUGAGUAGAGCUAGACAGUCUUAAAGGUCAUUUCAUCUAGGUUUUAUUUUAUUCACGGGAGGAAACUGACUUAGCAAGGUUAAGGAACUAGUCCAAGAUCAGAUUGCUAGGCAGAGCCAAAUGAAUAGAAUAUUUUCAUUUUCUUGCUGAAUGAAUAGAAUAUUUUCAUUUUCUUAGCUUCACAAGUUCAGAGCUCCUUCCCAGUGUGUUCUGACACUUAUCUUAGGAGCCCAUACCCACAUAAUACCUAUAGUGUUAGAGUUCUUCCUGAGAACAUUCUAGAAUGGGUAAUGUUGGGGUAUGGGAGUGGUGGGAAUGUUUAUUGAACCUUUUCCCACAAAGAUGUAGAAUUUAAAAGUUUGGCAUUGAUUUUGAGGUAAAAAAUAUUUUAAAUAAGUGUUUUAUCUGUGAGGCCAAUAAGGUAGUUUCCUCUUCUUGUUAUCUGGGUACCAUAAAACAAUGUUUUUCCUGUUUAAUUUUCCCUGUGCAUUUGUUAACUGGCAUGCAUCAUUACAUUGUAAAGACUUUGAGGCAAGGGUUUAUGUCUUCUACAAUUUUGGUAAUUUUUCCCAGAGUCUGUUAUAUAGUACAUUUUCAUAUAUCUCUGUCAUCCAGAGGUCAUCUGUAAGUUGAGCAAUAGAUAAGAAAUAUUUACAUAAUGAGAGCAUUAUUCAGUCUUGUUACUGGUAGACGUGUCAAAGGAAGUAAUCAAGAAGAAUUGCUAAACAUUGUCUCAUCAACCUUAUCCACCUAAAUAAUCAUGGGAGGCAGAUAACUUAGAGAUUGGAGAGGCAGGUGGGUUUCCUCUACACAGUGAAUCGGGGUUACUGGAAUGUAGAAGCACUGCCUUUUCUCCCCUACCAGAACAGCAUAAAAGGAAGACCUGCUUGGCUCAGUCAUUCUAAGGAAAAUGAUAUUAUCUUUUGAUUGGAUGUGUUCCAGUAAAACAAACUCCAAUUUAUCCCUUCGAGAGAGAUUAAAAUCAGCAGCUCUUAGCACUUGCCAAGUUUAUUAUUAGUAUAUUCCUAGCCCUUGUGAUGAGAUAAACAUUUCAAAGAAUAAACCUGGCAGCAUACCUUAGUGGAAAUAAGGGCUAGAGAGGAUAUAGAUAUGUUUAUUUUAGUUUGUGGUUUUUUAAAAAAAUAGCUUGAAUGUAAAAUGGUGCAAUACAACAGAACUUUACUGCUUGUUUAUGCAAGAGUAUGAUGUGGAUGUUCUUGUUUGGCAGGUGGGUUUCCUCUACACCGUGAAUUGGGGACCUAGGCUCCUUCCCUCUGGUGGCUCUCCCCCCUGCCCCGCCCCCCACCCAGGGCAUCACUGCACUGCAUCCAGCUGUGAAUUGCUUGCCCCUUUUUGCCAAUGGACAACUUGGCAUUUGAAAUGCAUGAAGGUGCAACCCAGCACGUUUCAUUUGUGGGGAAGAUGAACACCAUCCCCAGAAUGGAAGAGAAGAGGCAGUGGUCAUUGCUGAGUGUUUUCCUGGCGUGUCUCUUGGCCUGCACCGUUACCACAGCAGUAGGAGUACUGAUUCUCUCCUUGGUUUAUAUCAACAACACUCAGCUCCAUUCAGAGCCUGAGCUGCGAGCAACUACAAUUGCGAUAUUGCAAAAAGCUGUUGAUCCAAAAUUCCAGUUUCUUAAUCAUUUACCUAAAUCUAAGGUGUUUGAGUUUCCUGGUGGUGCGAUCCAGUGGGCCCGAUACAGGAACAAUAUCAAAGACUAUCUCAGCAUUGAAGAAGAGGCCUUUGGCAGGAGCCUGAAUAGUCAGAGAUCGCAGAUGACUCUGGGGACCCUGAGAAUAAAAAGCAAUGGCCUCCGGGCCCCUCACUGGCACUUCGAUGCUAAUGAACACGGCUAUCUGGUACAGGGGACAGCAUGGAUUGGGGUGGUUGAUGAUGGUCACGUAGUUACCACAUACAAUGUUACAGCUGGCCAAGUGAUCUUCUUCCCUAAAAAUACACUACACUGGAUAAAGAACGUGGGGAAUGAAGACUGCUUUUUCUUGCUCUUCUUUUCCACACAUGAUGAACUUCAGACCCUGGAUGUUGAUGAUGUAUUUUUUUCUACACCUGAGGACAUCGCUUCCAGGUCACUUAAGCCAGAAGGUGGAAUUAAUUUCAUUAGAACAUUCCAUAAACAAAAAGAAGAUCAGGGAGUCAACCUUCCUCACAACUUGGCAGAACUGGUUACAAAUGCUAGUUAUACACAGUCUCCAGACAACCUUGUGUGGAGAUACUUUUAUGACCUUAAAGGUUCAAAAGAAUAUCGAUUUCCAGGAGGAAUAAUACAACUGGCACAAUAUUGGAAAAAUGGAAGUGAACUAAGCAAAAAUGAAAAAAUUUUUAGUACAUUCCUGAAUCAGCAUCAAAAUACCCUUGCUUUGAGUACACUCAAAAUAUACAACAAUGGAUUACGACAGCCACAUUUCCAUUUUAAUGCGAAUGAAAUGGGAUACGUAAUAAGUGGAUGUGCAAAGGUGGGCAUUAUUAAUACUCAGGGAACCACAGAGUUCGACAUUCACAUUGGAGAUGUGAUAUUUUUUCCCAUUGGAACGCAGCAUUACAUUAAGAGUGCAUGUGAUGAGGAUUUGCUCCUCAUUCUUGCCUUCAGCACUGGAGACCAGCUGCAAACCCUUGACAUGGAUGAUUACCUCCAGGCCACAGCAGACCAUAUUCUGGCCCAGCUUUUCUUCAAGAAACAAAGUGAGUUUAAGAAGAUCCCCAAAUUCAAGGAGGACCAGGCAAUCAACUUGCCUUAGAUUUGCUGAUGAGUUCAUAUUUGUUCUUCCUUCUUCAUUUGUUAUUAUUGUUUUAAAUGAACUUGGCUAAUGAACCUGGAGCUAGCUCUUCACAGCGUGGACAGGCGAAAGCUAAGCAGCACUAUGGGCUCAUUUAGCCAAUAGUGACUGUGGGCAGUUCAUGCUAAGAGGACAUUUAGUACACUCUGUGUAGAUUAGUGGAUCUAUGGAGGCGAUCUUAUAAAUUCAAUAAUUAUAUUUGGGUAUGGAUUUUAGUAUAUGUGUAUAUAUUUGUUUAUUUUUCCCUUUGUUACUUCAAAUUUAUUACUCCAAAUGAAAAUCCAUUAUUUUCAUGCAUAUCAGUAAGUCUUAGUACCGAGCAUGUAUUUUUGUUAUUCAUCACUGUGAAAGGAAGUAGGUCAGCCUACAUGUGGACAUAUUGAGGCACUGGAACUCAGAUACAUCGAACCUUGUAUGGAGACUUUAUUAUGGCACCCUAAGCCAGUGAUUCCUAACCCUUUGGUUGGCAUGAAAAUAGUUUUUAUAAUGCCCAAAAUUUCAAGGCCUAACUCAUGUGAGUAGUUGUAUACUUAUUGUAUAUUAGUUGAGAAAAUACUUGGUAAGCUAAUUAUGAAUUCAAUACUUUCUUUGAAUGUAUUUGGAUUUUCUUAAUCAUAUCAACUAUUUAAAGUCGAGGAAUAGCCAUCUCUAUAUUUGAGAAGCACAUGGUUUAUUUAUUUUAUACGCAAUGCUGGCUGUGUAUAUGGAUCCAAGGACCACUUGUCAUCACUUGGAAGCUGGCAGGGGCUGGUGGUCUCUGAGCUGGGGGCCAGAGUCUUAAGUAGAAAACAAUUCGGUUAUAUCUAAUCUUUGUUUUUUGUUUAUAAUUUAUUUUAACAGACAUUUGGUACCCCCACAUGUGGCUUGGGUACCACCAUCAGUUCUGGGCUACCCUAUACACAAUUCUAAAGUCAAUAUAGCUGAUUUUUAAUGCUUUUGACCACCAUCCCUUAUCAGUUAUUCCCCUGAUACCGAAUGGGAUUUUUAGAUGUCUUAAGAUAUUCGUUCUAAGGCUAAAAAGAACCUGUAUGUUCCUUUCUCUUCUCUAUCUCUUUCUAGCUCUGUUAACUACAAAUACAGAAUUCAGUAGGUGUCAGAAUGGCUCACUUUUAGCAUGGGAAGUAGCUGCCUACAUAAUGUGCACAGUCAGAUCAUUAAAGGCCUGUUAUCUCUUGGAACCACCUUAACUGUGUGUUUGCCUUAUUACCCUUUUUUGGGAGAGCCAGCCAAGAUCAGAGCUUGGUAGCAAUGUGAGUUUUGUGCUGGUGGAGGUGUUUUGAAGAGACUUUGUAGGGAGUGGGUCCAGGGGAGGAACAUGGUUGAGAAGAUGCAGGGAACAGCACAGGGCAAAGGGUGUAUGGGAGGAGGAUAUCCAGAUAGGGGGAAAUAGUCAUAAAAGGUAAACGGCAAUGUGUGCAGACAGAUGUUGUCUAUGAAUUUUGUUUUACUUUGAGAAUUUUUAAAUAUAUUAUUAACUGGUUCAUAAUCCAUUUUCUUGUAUCAGGAAGUAUUGUGUCAGAUUACUAUGUGGUCAUUUAAUAAAGAUUUUAUACAUCAUUGUGUAUUUUUUGCCAUUGUAGUUUUGAAUGAAAUCUGUUCUUAUGAUUUUAUGUAUUUGAAGCAUUAUUGGAUUCCCUCUAUGCACCCUUGAAAUGUGACUUAGGAAUCCAAUCCACCACAUAUUUAAAAAAGAAAAAUCUUAAAAAUAAAACUCUAAUGGAGACAAUUUAAUUGGAA